UUUGCAUCAUUAAUUUAGGUCCAUUAAUAGUGAGGUGCUUUUUUAGUAAACAAUGAAAUAUUUCAUCAAAAGCUACCACAACUGUUUCUCCUUCGAAUUUUAUGCUUUUCUCUCUUUCUUUCCAUUUUCCUAGCUAAUAAAAUUCUUGGAGAGCAGUGGAAACCAUUUUUUUGGCGAGUUAGCUAUUAGUAUGACAGAAAAAGAAGUUCCAUAUUCAGAUAAUGGAAGAUUCCCAGUCUGCAUUUUAUUUAGGGAAGCAAGAUCAGUAUUUAAAUUGGAUGAGUUAGGCCGAGAGAUUGCAACAAUUGCCCUCCCAGCUGCUCUAGCUUUAACAGCAGAUCCUAUUGCAUCUCUGGUUGAUACAGCAUUCAUUGGCCAAAUAGGCCCUGUUGAGCUUGCUGCUGUUGGAGUUUCGAUUGCUGUUUUCAAUCAAGCGUCGAGGAUUGCAAUAUUCCCACUAGUCAGUGUCACUACCUCUUUUGUUGCCGAGGAGGAUACCAUCACAAAAGUAAGCCCCGAACCACGAGAUACUGAAAGCCAGGAUUCACAAUCACAAGAUGCUGAAGGAUUAGAUGCAGAAUCGCUAUCAAAUAGUGAAAACAAAGAGCUAAUACCCCAAAAUAGGAGUGUGUACAAGUCCGGAAAGAUAGCUACUACCUUUGAAGUUGUGAAGCCAAAGCCUGAAAAGAGGCACAUUCCAUCUGCAUCUUCUGCACUAAUUAUCGGUGCCAUCCUUGGCCUCAUCCAAGCAGCCUUUCUAAUUUCUGGAGCAAAGCCUUUAUUAAACUUCAUGGGAGUCAAAUCUGGAUCACCCAUGUUAAAACCAGCACGAGAGUACCUGAAAUUGAGGUCACUCGGUGCACCAGCAGUUCUUCUCUCAUUGGCCAUGCAAGGAGUUUUUCGAGGAUUUAAAGAUACAAAAACUCCACUUUUUGCAACUGUGGCUGGAGAUUUGACAAAUAUAAUUUUGGACCCCAUAUUCAUUUUUGUGUUCCGUAUGGGUGUCAGAGGCGCUGCAAUUGCUCAUGUAAUUUCACAGUACCUAAUUUCAGUAAUACUUUUUUGGAGAUUGAUGGAAAAAGUUGAUCUCUUACCUCCUAGUCUAAAGCAUCUGCAAUUUGCUCGAUUUCUUACAAAUGGAUUUCUAUUGUUAAUGAGGGUCAUAGCAGUGACGUUCUGUGUAACGUUAGCUGCAUCAUUGGCUGCAAGAUUAGGACCCACAGAAAUGGCUGCAUUUCAGGUCUGCUUGCAGGUUUGGUUGGCUGUAUCUCUUCUAGCUGAUGGGUUGGCUGUUGCCGGUCAGGCAAUAUUAGCAAGUGCAUUUGCUCAGAAGGACUUCAAUAGGGCUACUGCUACAGCAUCAAGAGUACUACAGCUGGGAUUGGUCCUGGGAUUGGUGCUAUCACUUAUCCUUGGAGUUGGUUUACACUUUGGAGCUAGAUUAUUUACAAAAGACGUCAAUGUCAUCCACCUGAUUGGCGUUGGUAUUCCGUUUGUCGCAGCAACACAACCUAUCAAUGCCCUGGCCUUUGUCUUUGAUGGUGUAAACUUUGGCGCAUCUGACUUUGCAUAUGCUGCCUACUCGAUGGUAACAGUGGCUUUAUUCAGCAUUAUGUUCUUGUUGAUUCUUUCAUCAAGUUAUAAAUUCGUCGGAAUUUGGGUGGCUCUAACCAUCUAUAUGAGCCUCAGAGCUUUAGCAGGCUUCUGGAGGAUAGGAACUGGAACAGGGCCCUGGAAGUUCCUCAAGAGCUAAAAGUGUCUAUUAGGUUAUUAUAACAUAUUGUCCAUGACGUAUAGCUGAAGCAAUUUUUACCGUUGUUGUAUUGUCAAGAAAGUAGCACCAUUAAAUCACAGUUUAAUGCCUUGUGGUGGCGAAUAAAAUAUGUAGAACUGUGGGUUCUAAGUUAAGAGAGUAAAAUAUGAAAUAUCUAUUUAAAUCUUUUAUACUAGUGUAGUAAAUAUAUAGUGUUUGACAUCUAAGCACUGGGUUCUUAGUUCUAUCGAACUUGUGUAUGCACUA